GCGGAAGAGGGGUUGGAUGCACAGAGACGCACUAAAACCUUUCCUAGGCACAGAACCCAAAUUUGCAGAAUCGAUCAUCGGCCAUGGCUCUAUGGAGAGCUCGAGCGGCUUCGUCUUCUCUCUUCAAUAGGCUUCUCCAACCUCUGAAUCGCUCCUCUGCCGUAUUUGACGGUAGCAGCACUCUUUGCCGCAGUUUCUCCGUUGCCACCGGAAAAGAUGCAGCUGCUGAUGCUAAUUUAUUGAGGGAGACGAUGAAGAGAGAGCUCCUUCAUCUCGACAUCAACUCCCAGACUGGAAGCAACAUGCCGCUUGCUUCAAUGCGAAUUGGUACCAUAAUCCACAACAUUGAGAUGCGGCCGGGCCAAGGUGGGAAGCUGGUUCGAGCUGCAGGGACGAGUGCCAAAAUCAUGAAGGAGCCAACAGCCGAAAUUUGUGUGAUAAAACUUCCUUCUGGUGCUGAGAAGAUCAUCGAUGCUCGAUGCAGGGCGACGGUUGGGGUGGUGUCCAAUGCCAGCCAUGGGGCGAAGAAGCUUACAAAGGCAGGGCACAGCAGGUGGUUAGGGAGAAGGCCAGUUGUUCGAGGAGUGGCUAUGAAUCCGGUGGAUCAUCCCCACGGCGGUGGAGAAGGUAGGAGCAAAAGUAGUGGCUCUUUCGGUAGAGUGUCGCAGACUCCAUGGGGUAAGCCGACUAAAUCUGGGUAUAAGACUGGUCCACUCAAGCGCAAAAAGUAGAUCAGGUUACAUACUUGUUGCACUGGUUUCAGCUACGCAUUUUUGUGCUGAAGUUAUGUUUACUUGAAAUAUGGAUGAGUAGCUAGGCUUUUGACUCUGGUUGCAUCAGAAUUUGAGGUGUACUGUUAUAUUUCAACUUCACUGAAAUCUACUGGAUCUGAAAUCCUUGUUGAUCUCUAAUAACUUACCAUUGUGAUGAAUUAGAAUAAGAGGAA